GCCCCGAGGCUCGGCCGCUGCGAGGGCUAGUCCCGGCGCAGAGGCAAGGUGAUUGUGGAGUUAAUGGAGUCAGAGGGGCCCCCAGACUCGGAGAGUUCAGAAAAAUCAGUAUUUUUAUCCCAGCAAGGAGAAGGAGUUGAAGAAGGAGAAGAAGAGGAGGAGGAGGAGGAGGAGGAGGAUGAAGAGGAGGAGGAGCCAGAGGAAGGAGGCCUGGGGAAUCCCCUCUUGCAGCCUGCUCUCACGGGGGAUGUGGAAGCCCUGCAGGAGGUGUUCGAGGACCCCGAGCACCCUCACCACCACCAGGCCAUGCAGCUCCUCCUGGAAGAAGACAUCGUCGGGAGGAAUCUGUUGUAUGCAGCGUGCAUGGCCGGGCAAAGCGAUGUGAUUAGAGCCUUGGCAAAAUACGGUGUGAAUCUGAAUGAAAAAACCGCCAGAGGUUACACCCUCCUACACUGCGCCGCCGCCUGGGGCCGUCUGGAAACUUUGAAGGCGCUGGUGGAAUUGGAUGCUGACAUAGAAGCUCUGAACUUCCGUGGGGAGAGAGCUCGCGAUGUUGCCGCUCGGUAUUCCCAGAUCGAGUGUGUCGAGUUCCUGGACUGGGCAGAUGCAAGGCUGGCUCUGAAAAGAUACAUUAUAAAGGUCUCUACCACUGUCACAGACGCAGAAAAGGGACCAGGGAGAUUCCUUAAAGAAGACAAGAAUACCAUCCUCGGCACCUGCCGCAUGAAGAAUGAGUGGCUGGAAACCCAUCUGGAAGCUUCCAUCAGUGAGCUGGUGGAGCAGAGACAACAGUUAGAAGACAUCGUGACUCCUAUCUUCAUAAAAAUGGCUACGCCACGCCAAGUGAGAAGCGCGAAAUCUGUAACCUAAGCCUCGGCCGGAAGAGAGGCCAAGGCCACACCUUCUACUGCGCAUGCGUUUCCUGAGAAGCCACACUUUCCUCCGGUGUUUGUAAAGGCGAGCCUAUUCAUGACCAUGCAAGCCGAGAACACAGAGGUGGGGCUUUAUAAAAACAUUGAAGUAUGAAAUCGGAUCCGCCCUGUUGUGUUCUCCCUCUGCCGGCGCGCUCACGUCCAGACGGCCCGGCCUCCAGGCUGCUCCCCGCACCGCGCCCCGCACGCCCGCGGUCAGCCGCCCCCCCCACGGGUGGGGGUUCCGCGGCUCCUUCUGGGCAGGGCUGGGCCGUGAGACACAAACACCGCGUGGGAACUUCAGAAGCUGGUUAGAGAGUCUCGUAACUUUCUGUACAGUCGGGACAGGAAAUUUCCAUCCCGUUGAAGAAUUCUACGGAAAAAGACGGCGUGGCUGUGUCCGGGGAGCUCGGUCCUCGCUCUCCCGGGAGGAAAGCUGCGGGCUGGCCCGCUGGAGCAAGGAAGCACGAAGGACGGUUUGGGUCAGGGUCCCCUGUCCACACGACUGUUACUUUUUAUGUCCAGAUUAACAUUUACCUGUGAGGUGGCGUACAGUUCGUUAGUGAACCUCUGGUCUUACACCUC